AUGGCCACGCCCUAUGAUGUUAUCGUCGUCGGAUCCGGCCAAAGUGGCAAUCCCGUCGCCAAAGCAUUUGCCAAGGCUGGUCAAAAGACAGCUGUGAUCGAACGCACAGCACUGGGUGGCACCUGUGUCAACGUCGGGUGCACGCCCACAAAGACAAUGAUCGCAUCAGGGAGAACAGCCUACAUGGCCAGGCGAGGUAAAGACUACGGCGUGCAUGUAGGAGACGGCAAUAUCGAGAUCGACAUGGUUCGGGUGAGGCAGCGCAAGCGCGAGAUUGUAGAGCAGUGGAACUCAGGGAGUGUGAAAGGCCUGGACGCAGCAGGCGUGGACGUUCUUAUGGGAGAUGCCAGCUUCCUGAGCGACAAAAAACUCAAAGUUGUGUUAAAUGAUGGAGGGGAGAAGGAGGUUACCGCAGAUAAAGUUUUCAUCAAUGUUGGUGAAAGGCCUUCGCGGCCAGAAAUCCCAGGCCUAGACGACGUUGAGCCAGCACGAGUACUCAACUCAACAUCCAUAAUGGAACUUGACAAUGUCCCACAGCAUCUCGUUGUGAUGGGCGGCGGAUACAUCGGCCUUGAGGCAAAACAGCUUGUUCCUCGGGAGGAUCCUGACGUGGCGGGGUGUCUUUUGAACAUUCUGCAAGAAGAUGGCAUCACAGUGCAUCUGUCGAGCACAGUGGACUCCGCCUCGACUUCUGAAGACAAGAAGACACCUUUCGCAGUGAAGGUCAAGACCGCUAAUGGCCAGACUGAAGUCUCUGGGUCGCAUAUCUUGCUGGCAACAGGUCGAGUACCUAAUACUGAUGGGUUGAAUCUUGCCGGAGUUGGGAUCGAAACAACGCCCAGAGGACAUAUUGUGAUUGACGAAAAGCUUCAAACCACUGUCCCGGAUAUUUAUGCUCUGGGAGAUUGCCAUGGUGGUGCUGCUUUUACGCACAUGUCCUACGACGACUCUCGCAUCAUCCGCACUAACCUUCUCCCACAAAUCAUACCACCAUCAACCCCGGCCAUGCCCACGACAAAGUCUUCAAUUUCGCGAGUGCUGACUCCUUAUGUUAUGUACACCGAUCCGCAGCUCGGCCACGUCGGACUUCACGCCAGAGAUCUCGCCAACAGCAAGAGGGAGGUUAAGACUGCCAAUAUGCCUAUGAGCUAUGUUGCGAGAGCACUGGAAACGGCAGAACCAAGAGGACUGAUGAAGGCUUCUGUGGAUGCAAAAACGGGAGAGUUAUUGGGUUUCACAUGCUUGGGGCUUGAAGGAGGUGAGAUUAUGUCGAUUGUGCAGACUGCUAUGAUGGGGAAUUUAAAGUGGUGGGAUCUUGAAGCAGCUGUGUAUGCUCAUCCGACUUUGGCCGAGAGUCUGAACAACCUAUAG